UGUGCGCAGUUCGCUACAUGACUUUGGCGAGUCAACAUGGAAAAGACGCGCCUCAGAUUGAAACAGAUAUUGGAACAAAAUAGUCAACCUCAUUUAAGUUCAAGUAUUAAGGAACUGAAACUUAAAAACUGCAAGGCCUCGCAUCAUGUUAAAAACCUGACUAACUGGGGAAGAAUUAUACUAUUGUUCGGUCUGAUAGUAUUCGCGUUGAAAUACUAUCACUCUGAGUUGCAAGGACGUCGUUGUGCCUUGUCUUUGAUUCGCCCAUUGAGCUACGCGUUUCGACCACCUGAGAAUUGUGAUUUCUGUAGCCAAAUAAAGAGCAUACCAUAUGUCAGUAAACUCAGCCCCUCUGAAUUUAAAUCAUAUUAUGGAUAUAGUGGUGCACCAAUUGUGGUCAGUGAUGCAUUACAAAACUGGACAGCGUCGACGACCUUUAAUUUUCGGUACUUUCAAAAUGCCUACCGUAAAGCUAGACGCAAACAACGUUUGCGCCACUGCCAGUUUUUGCCAUAUAAAACAGGCUUUCAGGAUAUCUACGAAGCCUUAGAGAUGUCACCAGCGCGAAUCGAUUCGGUGAUGGGAGAAGCUCCUUGGUACUUUGGCUGGAGCAAUUGUCAUGCUGAGACUACUGAUCAAUUUCGCAAGCACUACAGCAAACCCUAUUUUCUACCCGAAGACUCAGAGAACAAUGUAGUAGACUGGAUAUUUAUGGGAACAGCGGGAAUGGGUGCCCAAAUGCAUAUUGACAAUGUACGAUUACCCUCCUGGCAAGCGCAAUUGGCAGGCAGUAAGCUCUGGGUUCUGGUUCCCCCACCUGAGUGCUAUUUUCGUUGUGCUCGCUUUGAAGUGAUAGUGCGACAAGGAGAAAUGAUCGUUCUGGACACCAACCGGUGGUAUCAUCAAACUUUUGUACAGCCUGGAGCUGUCAGUAUUACUAUUGGAGCCGAAUACGACUAAAUCGUAUAGUUAUAUUUUUGUUUAUUGUAUGAAAUUUUCAUUUGAAAAUAAUGAAAAAAAUUGUAAUUUUAGAAAACCCAUAAAAUAUUCAUAUAUGUUUGUUAUUUUGAUUCCGCACACUUGUAGGUGUAAGCUCCUAAAUUUAAGGGACUAUAACAGCAAAAAGAGUUAACUUUGAUAGACACAA